AUGUCUUCGUGGAACCCCGAUCGUCUCACCCAGUUUGAGACACAACAAGAAGACGAAACUCAAUACGUCUCGUCUCCGGAGAUUGUUGUGGCAUCAAGACCAACGCAGAAUUUGAGUGUGCCUCCAACCAAGGUCACCCAGACACAGACACCUCAGAAGGCGCAGAACGAUCUUGGAAUAUCACCGUGGUCUCCUUGGUCUCAAGACCAAUUCCUUUCUCUGAUGAAUCAAGACAAGAUGAGACGCAACAAGAACAGCAACAAGCGCAAGGUUGUCAGUACUCUUGUCACCUCGAAGAAGAAAGCUUCUCUGAAAACAGCUUCCAAACCGGCUUCAGCUGCAGCCGUUCUGCCUCGAGUUACUGCUACCAGUUCACCUGUCAUGCCCCCUCUUCGUGGCAGUGGUAAAGUACCGGAGACUGACCGACGUCGUGGAUGCUGUGCAGCAUUGGGGAAUCUUUGCCCAUAUCCCCAAAUGGAAUGCUACCGCCACAAGUGCAGCACUUGUGGAGUUAACUGUCACUCCAUCCUUCCCUGUUCGGUGAUGUGUGAAGAAGGCUUUCUCACCUGCCGCAACUGCAUGGAGGUAAAUGCUUCCACUGAAGACGAACUUGAGGAAGGAAACAAGUCACCAGACAUGUUGGCCACCCAGAACAACGCUGAAGAAGAAAUAGUAGAAGAAGACGACAUCGAGGAAGAAGGAUUGGAAUGUGAGGAGGACGCGAAUGAAAAGAAGAACCAGGACAUGGAAGAACUCACGCAGUUCCUCAACCAAGAGAAGACUCAGAAGGAAAGGAAGAAGCGUGGCAAGAACUUUACUCCAGAGGAAGAUGUUUUCAUUGUCGAAUCUUGGUGCAGCCAAACUGAAGACUCCAGGAAUGGUUCUGACCAGAGGCAGUCGGACUUCAACAAGAAGCUCUUUUCCAAUUAUGUUGCCUUGGUCGACGACCACAAUGAGGUACACGAAGAGCAACUCCCAACUGACCGACAACAGAGGAGUGUGGUAUCUCGCUUUUCCACCAUCAAGCAUGCUGUCAACAAAUUGAUUGCUGUAGUCAAACAGAAUCCAAUCAAGUCCGGCGAGACUCCUGAGGAUCAUUUGGCUCGCUGCUUGGAGAUGUAUGAGCAUAACAUGGGUUCGAAGUUCCAGUUUGUUGACUGCUACCACAUCCUUAAGGAUUUUCCCAAGUUCUCUGCUGCCAACGACAGUGCGCCCAAGAAGAAGGACAAGGAUAAGAAGCACAAGAAAAAGCACCAUCAUCGUGAGCGUUCCUCAGGAAAGAGACAGCAAGCUCUUAAUGACAAGAUUGACAAGAUGAUCGAAAGCAAAGGGUUAAGUGGCAGCGGUGGUGGCAAUCGGACAAUGCAGGAGGCAGCAUCAGUCAGCGAAGCGAUCGGUCAUAUUUCCACCCACCUUGUUGACCAGGUGGCCGUUUCACAGUGGACUGAAAACGACAAAGAAGAGUACUUUCGAAAUGAUGCAACAGAGAAGAAGCUUCUCCAGAUGCGCCGCAUCUUGAAGCUUGAACAGGAGGUUGCCAGUAUGCAGAAGAAGAAGAAAGCAUCCGACAAGAAGGGCAGUGCUUCUAGCAGCGAAGACGAAGAAUGCAACUAA